CGCGGGGGCGGGGCUCGGGCCGCCGCGCAUUGUGCAGCGGCUGGCCGGCGCGGCAGGCCCUGGACCCGUGUGGUUCCCGGGCAUGGUGAGCAAGGGGCUGCUGCGCCUGAUCUCUUCAGUCAACCGCAGGAGGAUGAAGCUGCUGCUGGGCAUCGCGCUGCUCGCCUACGCCGCCUCUGUUUGGGGCAACUUUGUUAACAUGAGCUUUCUGCUCAACAGGUCUAUCCAGGAAAACGGUGAACUAAAGUUCGAAAGCAAGAUCGAAGAGAUUGUUGAACCAUUAAGAGAGAAAAUCAGAGAUUUGGAAAAAAGUUUCACCCAGAAAUACCCACCAGUAAAGUUUUUAUCAGAAAAGGACCGGAAAAGGAUUUUGAUCACUGGAGGUGCGGGCUUUGUGGGCUCCCAUCUCACUGACAAACUUAUGAUGGAUGGCCAUGAGGUGACCGUGGUGGACAACUUCUUCACAGGCAGGAAGAGAAAUGUGGAACACUGGAUUGGCCAUGAGAACUUCGAGCUGAUUAACCAUGAUGUGGUGGAGCCCCUCUACAUUGAAGUUGAUCAGAUUUACCAUCUGGCAUCUCCAGCCUCCCCUCCGAACUACAUGUACAACCCCAUUAAGACACUGAAGACUAAUACAAUUGGAACGCUAAACAUGUUGGGACUGGCAAAGCGCGUGGGUGCCCGUCUGCUCCUGGCCUCCACAUCUGAGGUAUAUGGAGAUCCUGAGGUCCACCCUCAAAGUGAGGACUACUGGGGCCACGUGAAUCCCAUAGGACCCCGGGCCUGCUACGACGAGGGCAAACGUGUCGCAGAGACCAUGUGCUAUGCCUACAUGAAGCAGGAAGGUGUGGAAGUACGGGUGGCAAGGAUCUUCAACACCUUCGGGCCACGAAUGCACAUGAAUGACGGGCGGGUGGUCAGCAACUUCAUCCUGCAAGCACUCCAGGGGGAGCCGCUGACGGUAUAUGGAUCCGGGUCUCAGACAAGGGCAUUCCAGUAUGUCAGUGAUCUGGUGAAUGGCCUGGUAGCACUCAUGAACAGCAAUGUCAGCAGCCCUGUCAACUUGGGGAACCCAGAAGAACACACAAUCCUGGAAUUCGCUCAGUUAAUUAAAAACCUUGUUGGUAGUGGAAGUGAAAUUCAGUUUCUCUCUGAAGCCCAGGAUGACCCACAGAAAAGAAAACCAGACAUCAAAAAAGCAAAGCUGAUGCUGGGGUGGGAACCUGUGGUCCCAUUGGAGGAAGGGUUGAACAAAGCCAUCCACUACUUCCGGAAGGAGCUAGAGUACCAGGCCAAUAACCAGUACAUCCCCAAACCUAAGCCUGCCAGAGUGAAGAAGGGCCGGACGCGCCACAGCUGAGUUAGCCUUAGGACAUGAGACUCCGUUUUACACUUAAUGAAAUGGACUUUUGUGGGAUUUUUUUUUUUUAAAGACUUAAACAGGUGUCAUGAAGAACAAACUGGAAUUUCAUUCUGAAGCUUGCUUUAAAGACAUGGAUGUGCCUAAAAGCUCCCUCAAAACCUGCAGACUUUGCCUUGCACUUUUGAAAUCUGUCUUUUUAUGUACAACAGCCUAGAUGCAUCUGCUAUUUUCAGGUUUUUUAUCUUGCUGUUAGAGUGUGUGCUGUAACUGUCGUUGACAGUUUUAUUUACUGGUUUCUUUGUGAAGCUGAAAAGAAACAUUAAAUGGGGUGGAAAAUGCCAAUUUUAUUUAUAAAAGUGGGUACUUAUAAAUGAGACGUUACACUAUGCAUAAGGAAUAAAAAUCCUAGUGGUAUUGUCAGGGGGGCGGCACACCAGCGUUUAUUUGGGGAUAAAUGAAAACUGUUGGAAAGUUUAUUUCCUUUUUAAUUUAGAAUUUUCUGAAGGUCUGGUUUUUAGUUGCAAACUUGACUUUGAAACAUCUCUGUUGGUUCUUGAUCAAAGAUAUUUGAAAUCACACUACUGUGUUGUGCUGCAUAUCGGGGUGGGGAGGUCGGGGAACAACGUUAACGUAUUCUUGGUUAACCAUGGUUAAAUAUGCUAUUUUAAUAAAAUAUUGAAACUCA